CUUCCCCGGUCCGGUUCCUACCUGAUGUGAAAAAAGGUCAUUUCCGCUCAGGUAGAGCAUAGACGGUGCAAAUGCCAGCAACAAUGGAAAUCUUUGAGUAUGAGCGUCUUAUACAAGAAUUCGAAACAGUUGUCCACGCAAACUGGAAACAUAACGGCGAAAGCGGCGACGGUCUUCACAACACAGUAUUGAAUAAACAGGAGCAAUCCACAGACUCUUCGACUCCGAAUCGGCCCUUUUCGAUGACGUGUGCUGAAAGUUCACCCCGACGUCUUUCCCGCCUCCUUGUUUUUGAUUUCGACUCGACUCUCUUUCGGUCACCUUUACCAAACCCAGCUCUCUGGUCGGAUGAGCUUCGUGGUGCUCUCAUUUCCGACUGUGGCUGGUUUGCAGAGCCAAGAACGCUGCAUCCGCCAUUCAUUCCAGAAUGUCCAGGAGACGAAUGGUGGGACACGGAAACAAUACGGGAUGUUCAGAAAGCAUGUGCUCAUAAAGAAGAGACUGUAACCGUCCUCCUCACGGGACGACGGCAAGACCUUUUUGGAGAGCGAAUUAAAAGAAUGUGCGAACAGCACAACCCACCUCUUACGUUCGAUCUAUUCUUUUUCCGCGAAGGGUAUGAUCCAACAUCCAUUUUACAUCAUCCAACGACGCUGGACUUCAAGCUCGCCGUUCUCCAACGCCUAUUGUCGACCUUCCCAAGCAUUUCCCAAAUCGAGUUUUAUGAUGACAGAAAAAAGCACUUGGACCUUUUUGCAAAAGAGCUUGAAAAACUUCGUUUCAAUGGAAGAAUAUCGUCGUAUAUUGUCCACCACGUUGUGCACGCGCCGGUGGAGGCUAGAUAUAUGCCAGCGGACUGUGAAAGGGCCCUAGUAAGCGAUCUCGUCGAUAGGUGCAAUAGCAGAAUCCUUGCCGCGAGACGAAGCCAAGAAGAGGCGUAUGCGGCAGAGGGGAAAGGAAACAGUGGAACGGUGUCGGGACGAGGCUUUCCCUGCAAGAUGCAACGGAGAACAAGUGCGUCCAUUUUCCGGAACACUCUCGAGUUGACCGAUCAAGUUGCCUAUACUGCCAUUCAAAUGGAUUCAAAUGACGUGCUAGCAUUAAGGGCCAAGUAUCCACCUCCUACUGCCAAGUGGGAAGUGCGUGCUGAUCAUGUAACAGUUUGUUUGGGCCCCGCCAAAGCCGAAUUAGUCGAACCGAUGGGCGGUGUAGGCGCUCGAGUGAGCAUAAAAGUGACAGCGGUUGGGGAGCUACAGGACAAGGUCAUGGCUGUCAAAGUGGAGGCCGUUUCAGGUGGUGUUCUUUUAUCCGACAAUGCAAUCCCCCACAUCACCCUCGCAGUUGCGCCUGGCGGAAGAGCUCGCGAAAGCAAUCUGAUCGACACGUGGCGAGCUUUGGACCAGCCUUUUGUGGUAGCAGGCACUAUUAUGGAGAAGGUCGUAACAGGGCUAAAGUUGGAACGAGGCCCGUCACAGUUGCCAAAGAGAGAUGUCUCCAUUGGCAGUCUCAUUAAAAAACAUCAUUCCCAACUGCGUGGACGAGACAUUGGGGCUGCAGUCUCCUUAGUUGAGGAAUGGAUGGGAAAAACAUUUAUUGAGAAUCUGGGACAGAAUGCAGCCGUGAUAGAAUGGUAUAUACAAGGACUUGAUUUAUCAGCAAUACGGGACGGUGGGACAGUCAAUGGUAGUUCAGGAUUAAUGGUAGAUAGACAGGAAGAAAACUAGCUAGGCACAGGACGCUGUUAUACGAUAUUUUUAAGACAGGCAGGACCUGUAAACCGCUCAUAUCCUGAUAUUGAUGAUGAGUAAUGAAUGUCGUAGCCUGCCUUAUGUGGG